UUUCCAUUUUCUACACGUGCAUUUCACAAAUAUCGUAAACAAUUUUUAUAAUUCCUUAAGUUAAUAUUUCGGUAUUUAAAAUCAAAACAAUUACAAAUUAUAGGAAAAUUAAAAAUGCCACCAGUCUUGAUAGGAAAGGAGCCACCAAAAUCAUGGAAAAAAAUUAAUGAGGAACGAAAAGCUCUAAAAAAGCAACGUAAACAGGAGAAACUGCUGAAAGAUUUGGAUAAAAAUUCACAGUCUGUCCUCGAGGGAGCUAAGGCUAAUGAUGAAGGUAAAGACAAUAUUAAAGCCGAUCCUUCAACAAUAAGCAUAGCGGUACCAGGUUCUAUAUUGGAGAAUGCACAAUCUGCCGAACUACGUUCCUAUGUGGCUGGCCAAAUCGCGCGCGCUGCUUGUAUUUUCCGUGUACAUGAAGUAAUAGUGUUCGAUGAUGUAGGUGUGGCAACGGCACGUGAAACGAAACGUAAUUAUGACUCUGAUGAUGGUGAAGAAAAGGCAAACGGUGGUGAUUCCCGGCCGCCAACAGUGCGGAGUAGUUGCUUGCAAUUAGCGCGUAUCCUUCAGUACUUGGAAUGUCCUCAAUAUCUACGAAAGUUCUUUUUCCCCUUACAUAAAGAUUUAAAGUACUCGGGCUUGUUGAAUCCAUUGGACACGCCACAUCACUUGCGUCAACAAAACGUGUUUCUAUAUCGUGAAGGCAUAAUUUCGGACAAAAAGGCAAAAGACGGUCAUUCGUAUGUUAACGUGGGCUUAUUGAAUGACGUGUUAGUUAAUAAAGCCAUUGAACCGGGUGUCCGCGUCACAGUUAAGCUGGAUAAUGUGAAAGAUAACAACAAGAAACUGCGGGGCAAAAUUGUCAGCCCAGAAGAACCCCGACGAGAAACAGGCAUUUAUUGGGGUUAUUCAGUACGGAUUGCUCAUUCUCUUGCUGAAAUUUUCACAAGGGGUCCCUUUGCUGGUGGGUAUGAUCUUACAAUAGGUACUUCCGAUCGUGGUACUAAUGUGCACGAGGUGCCAAACCGUUCGUACAAAUUCAACCAUCUACUUAUUGUAUUUGGCGGUUUAAAAGGUCUCGAAGAGGCCCUGGCUAAUGAUGAAAAAUUGAAUGUAGAUGACCCUGCUCUACUCUUUGAUCAUUAUGUGAAUGUGUUGCCACGUCAAGGGUCGCGUACAAUUCGCACGGAGGAGGCAUUGUUAAUUGCUUUGGCAGCACUGCAGGAAAAAUUCGAACCCAGUGUACCGGAAGUGGAGGAGAAACUUGAUGAAUACCAACUGCCGCGCAGUGAUGAUACUGGCAUCCGUCCAGAUGUGAUUAAAAGUAAUAAGAAAAACAAAAAACGUAAAUUUGAAGAACAUGUGAACAGUCAUGAGGAUAACGAGGAAGAGCACCGAAAGAAUAUAAUGGAAAGUAAAACGACACUUAAAAAUUCAAGAGAUGAAAACCAGCGUGCACCUUCAGAAGCUUCAAUGCAAUUUAAUAAUGCCUCGAGUAAGAUUGAUGACGACUUCGAAGUAGUGCCAACGAAUGAGAUCCAAUCAAUGGUACCAACUAAAGAUUUAGGGGAUCUAAGUCGCUUUGACUAAUUAAGUUUAAUUAAUACUGUAGGAAACUAAAUAAUCAUUAUAUUAUAAAUUGUUUAUAAACAUUUUAAACAAUA